AUGCCCUUUAGUGGAACUUUUGAUGAUUUUAUUAAACCAUUUAUUGCAAAUAUAAAAUUAUUAGAAUGUGGCCAAAUAAUGAAUAUUCAAGGUCAAGAUUAUUUGAUUAUUGCUAACCUUGGAGUAGUUACAGCUGAUCUUCCACAAGAAAAUAAUCUUGCAAGAAUAAAACACUAUGAUGCUAACAAAG